AUGGCGGGGGGCAGCACCGCGCACAGCAGCCUGAUGGGCAUCUAUGACGGGGAGGAGUUCGUGUUCGAGGAGAGCAGCUGGUACAUCGUCAACCUGCUCAAGCUCCUCUGGCGCUACGGGCUCAACCCCCUGCGAAUGUACAUGUGGGUGGAGGACAUCCUGGACAAGUUCAUGCGGAUCUAUCGCUACCAGACACACGACUACGCCUUCACCAGUAACGAGCGCCUGCUUCACGCCCUCGGAGGGAACGACUUCACCCGGAUGCUGAACGAAACCAUCAGCGAAGCCAUGCAGAGAGCCGGCUUCUCCCAUAAGUUCAUAAAUGAGGUGGUUUGUCCAGCCAUGAGAGUCAAUUAUGGGCAAGACGGUAACAUCAACGGCUUCGUAGGUGCUGUUUCUCUGGCAGGGGUGGAAUCGGGCCUUUGGUCAGUAAAAGGGGGGAACAAGCUCGUCUGCACGGGCCUUAUCUACGCCUCCAAAGCUGAAGUUAUCCCUGGCACCGUUUUGUCUAUAGAGCCAAAAAUCCGACCCAGACCCACAGGGGACCCGGUGAAGCUCUACCAGGUCACUUACAACACUGCGUCAGGACCGACGGGGGACACCUACGACAUCGUCAUCAUCGCUGCUCCGCUGAGCCGCAAAAUGGCCAACAUCACCUUCAAGAACUUCGACCCUCCCGUCCCCAAGUUCCCAAGCCCUUACCACCAGACUGUCACGACGCUGGUGCACGGACGACUGAACUCCUCCUUCUUUGGCUACCGGGACCCAUCCGCCUUUCAUUUCAGUGCCAUCUUCACUACGGAGAAUCCCAACCUCUUCAUCAACAGCCUGGCGGUGGUGUCUCCCGUGGAAGACGCGGGCGGUGAAGGAAAGCCGCCCUCGCCGCUGGCCGUCUGGAAGGUGUUCUCCAAGGAGGUGCUCACCAAAGAGCAGCUCGGCUUGCUUUUCUCCUCUUACGACUCCGUCAAAGUGAAGGAGUGGUUGGCGUACCCCCGCUACAGCCCCCCGGAAAAAUGCCCUCCCGUCAUCCUCCACGACAACAUCUACUACCUGAACGGCAUCGAGCGGGCGGCCAGGGAGAUGAGGGCCACGCCCGCCAAGAACGCCGCUCUGCUCGCGUACCACCGCUGGUACGGGAACGCCGACAUGAUCGACCAGGAAGAUUUGCACGAGAAGCUGAAAACGGAGCUCUGA